AAAAAGAGAUUACGUUUACACCUUACAUAAUCAGUUGUUAAAAAUGAUUAAAAGCUUCAGGUAAACUUCAAUAAUAAAACGACAAGAUGGAAUUGAAUGAACAUGAACACGAGAGGAAAAACAAAUUUAGAAAUUGUGUUGAAAAAUAUGAAAUAUUUUUUGAAAACUGUUUUGAACGAUUAGGAAUUGCCAUUAGUAGCUAUCCUAUCCUAAUAAUGAGUUUAUGUAUUGUAAUCAACGGAGCGCUGAUGUCGGGCUUUAUUCUUAUAAAAAGCGAAAACGAUGUUGAAGUUCUGUACACCCCUCAAAAUAGCCAAUCAUUUGAAGACCGUUCGUUUCUAAGACACAACUACCCGGACCCAACUAUUAAAGAUUUUCUCCCCUAUCAACUUUCGGAUUUCGGUAAGUAUGCUGAAGUCAUCAUUUUAUCAAAAAACAGAACAAACAUCAAGUCCAAGGAGUAUUUUGAAGAGUUUAGAGAAAUAGCCAGGUUCAUCAAGGAAGCAGUAAUCAUUUCCGAAAACGGAACUCUAAAAAACUUUAAAGAUUUGUGCGCAGUUCAACUUGGAAAGUGCAGUGUCUUCGGCGAUGUGGUCCUUUCAUUACAAUUUGAGCAUGACUUUCUUUUAGACAAAAUCACUUAUCCAAAUUACAAUCAGUCGCUUCUCUCGUCGAUACUAGCUAACUCAAAAUCAAAGAAUGGGAUUCUGGUAUCAACAACAGGAGUUAAACUUCGUUUCUAUCUACAAAAUAAGUCUUCGUCGGUGAAAUGGGAAUUAGAUUUUCUCACACAAAUUGAAACAUUAAAGACCAAUUAUACAGAAAUUUCAUAUUCAACUUCAGACUCUCUAGGCAAAGAACUUGAAAAUAAUACAAAUGGAGACAUUCAGUUUUUUUCCCUGACAUUUACUUUAAUGCUGACUUACGCUUCGUUUGCUUGUGCAUCAUCGUUUAUAAAAUGCAACAACAUUGGAAAUAGACUUAUGCUUGGAUUCGCUGGAAUACUUGCACCUGUUCUUGCUAUUGGAUCAGCCAUUGGAUUUGUUAGUAUAAUCGGGGUGGAAUUUACAAGCAUUGUUGGUGUAAUGCCAUUCCUGGUCGUCGGUAUUGGUAUCGACGACAUGUUUAUACUCAUGUCUGGAAUUGCGGAGGCCCCAUCUUUAACGACCGCUUCAAUAGAAGACAGGAUCAAAUUUAUGAUGAAAAAAAGCGGAGUGGCCAUAACAAUUACAUCAGUAACUGACUUGCUUGCAUUCACUGUAGGAGCUACGUCUGUCUUUGUCAGCAUUAGACUAUUUUGCAUAUAUACAGGUGUUGCAGUUUUCUUUUGUUAUCUAAACCAGUUGUUCUUUUUCUGCCCUGCAAUAUGUUUGAAUGAGAAGAGGACUGAACAGAAAAGACAUUUUCUAUGCUGCGUAAAAGUUAAAGAUGAUAAAUACAAUUCGAGAAUACACCAGUGUCUUUUCUCUGGUUUUAUUCCAAACAAAAGAGAUGAUGUUGAAAGUGAUCUGGAGAAAUAUCCUAAAUGGUUUAUCAUCUACGGCUUCCUGCAACCUUUUUUAGGAAAAGUGUUUAUUUUAUUAAUGUCGAUGGCUUAUACAGGUUUUUCCAUUUUUGGUGCAAUUCAUCAAGAACAAGGCCUUUUGUUAUACAACUUGGUGUCUGAGGAAUCGUAUUUCCACAAACACAGUCACUGGGAUGAACAUUUUUUCAAAUCAGAGCCAAUCAUUGCAUUAUGUAUUAAAGGAGAUCUUAAUUACUCGUCUCUAGUCACGCAAAAUAUCAUAACGUCUGUUUUGGAAAAGGCUAAACAAAACCAGUAUAUUGACCCAACAUUCGAAAUAAAUUGGCUGGAAUCAUACAAAAAUACAACAAAUUACAACUCAAGUUCCGAAGAAAAAUUUGUAAAAGGUUUAAAUCUCCUUUUUAAAAAAUGGCCUAUGUUUUCAAACGAUAUAAUUUUUAAUAAGGAUUUUUCUCGCAUUGUGUCAGCAAAAUUUUAUUUAAAAACCGAAAAUAUCAAGUCGACUAAUGCACAAGGAUCACUAAUGUUGCAUUUACGCUCAUUAAGCAGCAAUGCGGGUAUUUCUUGUUUUUUUUAUGCACCAGCUUUCAUAUUUUAUGAGCAGUACGUUCAAAUAUGGCCAAGUACACUUCAGACUGUUGGAGUUGCACUAGGAGUGAUGGUUGUUGUGACAAUAGUAUUCAUGCCGUAUCCACUCAUGGUAUUUGUUGUAACUAUGACACUGGUUAGCAUCCUUUUAGGCAUAUUCGGGUUUAUGUACUACUGGGGUCUGACUUUAAGUUCGAUCACUAUGAUUCACUUAGUUAUGUCUAUUGGGUUUUCUGUUGAUUUCAGUGUCCACAUUUGUCACGCUUUUCUAGCAGUCAAAACGGAAAAACGUGACGAUGCUCUCAAAAAAGCAUUCGAUUUGGCCGGGGGUCCAAUUCUAAACGCUGCAAUUUCCUCUCUGUUGGGCAUAUCAAUGCUUGGGUUUUCAAAGAGUUAUAUUUUCCAGUCUUUUGGGAAGGUGAUGUUUUUGGUAAUUGUGUUUGGGUUAUUCCAUGCGGCAUUCGUUUUGCCUUUAAUACUCUGGGCACUUUUCCCUUGCUAUUCAACAGAACAAUCAAAACCUGAACACAAUUCAGUUUCAUCUCAACAGUAUUUGCAACCUGAUCGAACAUUAGAACAUUACAAAUCGAUUGAAAGCAUCAGCAGCAGAUUAGGUUUACGCCAUGUUUCAUGUUACCCCAAUGAAAAAUUAUCAUCUGAAAAAAAUGUCAAUGUGCCUAUCACGUAUACAGUAGGAGAUCUUGAAGUAUACUGCUACAAAAAAUGUCGUGUUUUCUAUGCCCAGAACAACAGAGCUUGCAGUUGGGACUUUUGUGAUUGUGCUUAGAUAUUUGAAAUUGCAAUUGUAUUUUAUUUCAUUUCAACAUGGGGUUUUAAAUAUUCUAAACAUGAUUAUUGUCGUCUCAAACCUUAUGAAGCAUACUGAUUUUAUUCACUAUCCAUAUUGCGGUUGUAUAAAAAAAUUGUGUAUUGUAUCCAUGUAAAUAUAAUUUAAGCGAACGAUUAUUUUUUAAUACGAAUUUACCUUUCAAUGCUUAUAUUCAAGUGGUCAUUUAAGAAAUAAAAAUUAAACAAUUUA